GCCGGCACAGCUCGCGCCCGGGCGGGGAGGACUGUUACCAACAUACCUUCUCAAAGAUGGCGGCCGUUGCCAGAAGCAGCAGCAGUGCUCGCGUACAAGACGAGAAAUCUCGCGGAGUCGAGAAGCAGUGAAAGCGAAGGACAGUCGUGUGUAGUGCCGUGAGAUAGAGAUGUGAUGUGCGUUGAAGGUUGCGUCGCGACACGUCAGUCAACGUCGCCGUCGUCGUCGUCGAGCAUGCAGCAUGACGGAGGUGAGAGAGGCCGGGGGGCGGCCUAGCGGGCCCUGGCAGAAGGAGCCCGGGGGAGCCACGAGGGGGGCAACCGCAGCAGCGAUGCUCCCGGCUCCCGCAGCUGAAUGCACCGCAGAAUGCACCAGGUCUCGUCGGUCGGCCUGUCUUUGCUCCUGAUGGCCGCCGGCCUGGCGUUCGCCACUGCCACAGGUAACAACGUCCCGCCGCUACUGAACCCCUGGCUGUCGACCAACGACCUGCAACUCACGGACGAACUGCGGGCCGUCUGUUCUUCGUCGCAUACCACGUCAACGGAGGAGAUAACCUCUUCCGCUUGUCCGCCGCCUUGUCCCCCCGCCACUGUUAACAGUAACUCUACUCAGUGCCUUUAUUAUUUGAAAGAAUCGCACAAAGAGGAGGUGUGCGGCCGCGACCUGGGUAUAGAGCGCAGGCGCGAGGUGCUGCACGGUCUUCGGAUGCGCCACUGUUGCGAACACGCUGUAGAAGGUGCCCUUCCUGAGAUCGCUCUUCGGGGGGGUGCCCCUUGUAGACAGAUGCUGGACGAACUCCUGGUGCUGGACAACCUGGCCGGACAGGCUGCCUGCAUCAAUGCCGACCUUUUGUCGCGCUACGAUUGCGGACAACCCUACUCCAGGAUGUACCGGUGUAAACACUGUAAGGAGGCGUACAGACGAUGGGUGUGCAGUACCUUUUUGCCUCACUUCACACGGGCGAAACGUCGCGUGCGACCGUGCCUCAGCAUCUGCCAAGACGUCGAGAGGCAGUGCCCGUACCUGCUGCCCGGUGAUAUGACCGUAAUCCCAGGGGAGACCACCACACAUCCCACGCCUCAAUACGCUGGAGAGCCUACAUUUAUAUGUCUGGAUCUGAAGAUACCAUUGACGGGCCGACAGAAGCUGAGGUCCUCCCACGUCGGAGAAGAAGACUGCUGCUACACCCAUUGCGGUUCGCCAGGAAGGGGAGGAGGCGGAACAAUGGAAUUGUGUGAACACUGCCCAGGCCGGCCCGGCAAAGAGGAAAAAGAAGAAACGUCGAUCGCGACCAGGACUCACCGCCGUACCAGUGUUUUAAUAUGGACCGCGUGGAUUGUCGCGCAUGCGCCAAACCAAAUCAAAGACCUUUUAAAAUGUUUGUUAGUUAUGUGCGCGAUAAGUGUAAGGACAACGCUUACUUGGACGAAAAACGCGUGCAGAUCGUGCUCAUAGAAUUAGGGGAAUUUAGACGAUUUGUGUUCUUACCGACGACACCCUGCCGCUCUAUGCGCCUCGCAUCCACAGAAUAAAAUCUAUAAAAAUGCAACGACUCUUGAUCUGAUAGAUUUUGUCCAAUCGUGUACAAUGAAGGGGUCUUGUUCACUUAUUAAGGGUCCUUGUAUCCACACCACUUAAUUCCCUUCUUUAAUUCGUUAUUAACACGUGGAUAUUGUCUAGGAGCUGCGUUGGCAUCCCUGAAUAUCUGUCAUUUGGUGACUGUUUUCUUACGUAGUCAGUAAGCCAUGGUAUGAGCGAUACUCCGUUUGCCGAAAAAAAACUAGACUAACACCUUCAAACAAAAACUGUGUGAAUGUGCGAGAACUAUUACUAUAGUCUAUUCUCUUGAAGUAUGAAAUGACGUCACACCUAGUGAUAUUUUGGUACCAACCAAAAACUUCUUGUCACUACUAGUACUUGAAGCAUUCACACACCUGAGAUUUUUGCUCACCCUACACUUUCGAAUUUAACAUUUUUAGUUUGUUCUUUCAAAAUUGAUUUGGUUUAGUAACUCGAAUAAUAUAACAAUAUGCAAUAACAUCCAAAUUAUACGGUUUUUCAAAAUCUAACUCAAAAUUCGAAGAGACAACAUUUGCUGAUGUUGAAUUUAUGGUAGAACUUGGAUUAAAUCCAGUCUUCGAUUCUGGAAGACAUUUUAAGACGUCAUUACACUGCUGAGAUGAGUACACUAUACUAAUAUAUUAUGUUCACGGAUGCCAACAUAACAAGAAUAUCAAAUAUGACAGCAAAUUGAUGUCACCUGUCAAGCUCAAUCAAACGCACCCCUUGUGGGACACAUAUAUUCUUCAACAUACACUGAAACAUUCUUUGAGCUCCUAGAUUAUCUCAUUUGUAACCUAAUGUCCGAUAUGGCUAAGUCAUUUGUUUUUUUUUUGGAUCGAGUUUUUCUAUUAAAUGCAUCGAAUUACCCUGUCCACCAGUUUUGCGUUUCAAGGUCAACGCGUCACAGCCCCAAAUAGGACACAAGCAGGCCUAGGUUCCUUAUUUCGGCAGCUUGAUCUGAACGGAUGAGAUUGAAAAUAUUUUGUUAUAAGAUAUCUAUAUUAUAUGUAAUAUAUAUAUGAUAAAAGGAGUUUGGUUUAACGACCAAAUAUGUACAAUUGAAAUACCUUUGAUAUUCAAAGGACCUAAUAUUUAUUAUUCAUAGAGAUGCGAUGCUCAUAGAGUAGGUUGUGGAUUUUUAGAAGGGUUAUAUCCUAAAGCACAUAGAUUUGUAAACGACUGCAAGUCUAGUCGAAAAUAUAUCGUUGUCAAUUGAAAUAUCAAUGAUUUUCACUUUGUUUUACCUGAAAUUCACAAAUAUAUCGUUUAAAGAUAUAUAUUUCUGAUCUGCUACGUCACGAACUUGAAAAUUUUUCCGCAGAAAUGUCUGUAUUGUUAGUAUUGUCAAAACAAGGCAGUUUUCGAUUCAUUUCGAAGUUAUUUCCUCCACGAAAAGCCUAGAAAAGUCAUCGGAAAAACAUAUUAUCGGGAUAUAAAGCGACUUCUCAAUAGCAAACUUAUUAUAGACAUCAAUAGAACUUCAACGGCAAUCCAAGGGAGAUUUUAUGAGAUGUAAUAAAAUAUCAUAGGAUGGCAAUAGCAGAAAUUAAUUAUUUUUCGAAUGAAAUGUUGGGAAAUUCCAAAUCUAGGGCGAGCUGAAGAAUAAUUUCACCACAGAUUUUCAGAUUUAAUAGAUAUCAAUACCUUUCGAUUUCCAGAAUUGACGAAAAUAUAUUGAGAGGAUGGCCAUUUAAAAUUCGUUUCAUGUCCACUUGGUUUUUCACUACCUCACUGAAUAAAUAAAUGAGGAAUUGCAAUUUCAACAUCACUCGGUCUAUGACAAAAUUUGAAAUUUUUGACAGAUAGUGACAUUUGAAUGAAUUUCAAUAAUGCAUCAUAGAAAUUCUCUGUCUAAAAACAAUGUUGACAAUACAGAAAAAAUAAAUACUGAUUCCAUAACCAUUUUGUUGAUAUUUUUAUUGACCGCAUAAGUGCAUAUUCAUAUUGAAACGGUUCAAACAAUUGUAAUUGUAAGUUUUAAAUGGAAGUUCCAAUACUGUGAGCAUAUGAAGGCCAAUCACUGUGUUUCGCAACGUAAGACGCAAAGAGUAAGAACAUUGGCACAGUAGUAUGUAAAAAAAGUUGUAGACGUUUUUGUGGACAAAAUAUUUAAAUUUCAAACUGUCUCAGGAAAUUUUGGCAUCAAAACUUUGUUGUAAUUUUUCGAGAGACGUGACUCGAACCAAAAGAGACCUUUUUUGCUACAAUGUCAUCCUUGUGUAUGCUAAAAGUUCAAUGUAUGAUAUGAGAACACAGAGUUCAGUUACCUAACAGUUGUACAUCUAUCCCUCCAUUCAUGUAUUUAUUUUGGUUCUUCCCUUCAAUGGAAACAUUGAUAUUGUUUGGUUCGUUUGAUGUUGAGAUAAAAAAAAAAUAUCUUCCUGUCUGGUGUACCUAAUUUCUCUGAAGCACUUGAAGUGAUUUGACGAAUUCUAAGAUUUUGUAGCUAUAAUUUUAAUCAGGGUAUCGUACAUCAAAGCAAUUAGUUCAAAAACGUGGUGAAAACUAACAUUUCAUUGGAACCUUUUUCGAGAGAAUAGGAUAUGAUGUCUAUUAAGUAGACGAAUAUUUGAUUAACAUUUUUCAGUAGCGAAUACUAAAACUAUUCUAGCUACAGGUAAGAACAGAUGAAUUCCAAAAUUCAUUUUUAUAUUUAGAAAUUCGAUAAAUAAAAAAAAUGUUUAGUUGACACUGUCCACUGUUUGUGUGAGUAUGUUUUAGUACAGAGAAAUCAAAAUAUAAUAUAAUACAAAAUAUCGUAUAUAAGUGAGACGACUUUUGCGUAGUAAAUUUAGAUUCGUUCGCAAAAGCGAAGAUGUCGCUAGUGGUCUCAUGUUACUAGUUGUGUUCGUUAGAGGUCUUAUACAUACUCAGCCGAACAGUCAUAUGCUUAGAUAAGGUGCCCGUUUUGUGGUAAUAUGAGACAGAGCCUUAUAUCAAAACAGCUCAGAUCCACAAUCAACAAUCGUCCCUGUUCCCAAACUACUAAAUCAAAUAUUUCAAGUUCCUAAUAAUUUGGCCAAAAUCGCAGACAUCUUGUUUGAUCAAUACUCCAAUAUGCCUGUAACAUUUGAGAUGCCAACGUAGAAGAAUAGCGAUCGAAUUUAGUAGUUUGGGAAAUCGAGUUUCAAAUUUUAAAUAAAACAACUAAUUUUACUUCUGUCACCAUCAGAAAUGUCAUGAUAUUACAUUGACUAUAGAUUUAUAUUCUUUUUCUUAUUGUUGUCAUCGAAGUUGUCAUGGUAUACCUGAAGUGACAGAAGCUUAUAGCAUCUAAGAGCUGAGCCUUAAAACGCAAUAUAGUCAGGAUGAAUGUAAACUUUAUAAAUAUUUCACUAUCGAUGUAAUUAACAUGUCUACCUUUUCAAUAUUAUAGGUAUAAAUGAUCCCGAUGUAUCUAAGCAUAUUUCAGUUGGGAUGUUCAAACUGUAUAAACUUAUCAAACGUUUCCAUCAAAAAUACUUGUAUCUACCCAAUUGUAAAUUUUGAAUGUUCUGAUAUAUUUUAGAGAUUUAUAGAUUUAUAGCGUUUCAGUUCAGUAUAAAUCAGAUAUAGGAUCAGAGAAACAAAAGUAUACAAGAAGUGUUCUUUGUAUUACGUUUUUAUUUUCACAUUUGAAUGUCAAUUGUACGGAAUUUUGUAAGAUAUCCUUUGUGAUCUGUACCCUAUGGGAAAUUAAUUUGACAGUAUUGUAAAGCUAGUGGCCUCAGUCGCAGAAGACUUGCCAGGAAGUUUCCAAACAUUCUACGGUUCGAAUAUCUGACUCGUUUCUAUCCACUUUCGGUAUUUUCAUUAUAUAAUAGUCAUGUGUUCUUUUUAGUUUAAUAGCUCAAUAAUGAGAGUUGCCUUCAACAAUGCAAGAGAGAUUAUGAAUAUGAUUUUAAAAUGAAAAAUGAUAAUAAUAAAAUAUUGUAGAUUAAACGUAGGUUAAAUGGAGCAUGUUGAUAUGUACUGUUUUUUUUAAGCUGUUCGAUUGUGUUUUUUUCUAUGCUCAAUUUUUACGAUCUAUUCCACAGGAUGUUUUAUUAGGUUCAAAUAACGCUCACGAAUAUCUAUGAAAAUUACUCGAAUUUAUGGUUUUCAACAGAACUAUUGAAGGUACUCCAAAAUUUUGCCGUUACCAUUAUGUAAUCAAACUCUCUAAUUAUUAAUUUCAAAUUAUUAAUUUUUCAUUGUAUUUUGUAUUUACCCGAUGAACUUUCAGCUACCUGGCUAUUAAUUAUAUAAUAGUAGGCAGCCUUUUGUAUAGUAUCUGAGAUUUUUGCAUUUGGUUUCAAUUUUUUUCAACGAUAAAUCUAAUUUUUUCAUUUGAUAAAUCUCAUUUGACUUAAUUAAAAUGAGAGAAAUAAAGGACGCAGGAAAACAAAUCGCAAUAAUAAUGAAUUUGAGAACCAUUUUUGCUUGAUAUUUUGGAUAAUUUUCUCUGCUUUGCAUUGUUGUAUUAUUGUUGAUGUUAAAAAUAUAUAUUAUAUACUUAUUGUUGCUAGGGCUAGCGUUGUUGUUGUUACUUAUAUUCAAGAAAUAGUUAAAUAUAUUUUUGUUCAUUUAAUGAAUUUUUCAUAUAAUAUACAUAAUGAAUAGUAAUAUAAAAUACUAGAAGUUAUGUAUAAAAUGAGACGAAACUCUAAAGGAAAUAAAUUUGCACAAAUAUAAAUAGUUGCCUAGAUAUAUAGAUAGGUAUAGUAAUUGCUUAAUUAUUUCAGAAGUUGGUAUAAACUUAAGCAGUUACUCGUCUAUGUAUGUGUAUGAAAGAUAUUUAAAAAUUUUGCGAAAAAUGACUGAAUGAAUUUUGUAAAAACCAAUUGUUGUUACUAGUGUAAAUAUUAAGGAAUUUUAAGAACCUCAGACCUAAGGUUUUAACUGGUAACUCCAGAUUUUAUAUGACGUCAUUCAUCUGUAUAUAUCAUAUGGAUGUAUGUUUUGUGUAAAAUUAUGUGUUGAUGUCCUAUGUGCCCCAUCGUUUUAUAUUUCGAAACGUUUAUUAACAACAAUCUAACUCAUAUCAGUAUUUUAUAUAAGGUGGUUUUAUGUAAUUUGAAUGUAUAACUAACUAAGAACUCAUGAGCAACUGCUACUAGAUUAGAGAUAAAUAUAACAAAUUAUCUGGGAUAUAGAUAUAGUAAUGAGUAAUGAAAUUCAAUGUCUGUUCAUAUAUUGGAGAACCGCAGCAAAUUUCACCUGGUGCUCAAAUAUAACUGACAUUAGGUACAUAAUGACAAAUGACUACUUCUAAAAUCGAAGCAGGUGUGCCAUCUUCUACCAACCAAUAUCAUAGAGUUAGAAGAUCAAAACAAUGUUAAUCAUUAGCCUCAGCAUGUGGUGAGAUUUGCUGUGCAUGGAUUUUAUUGAAAUAGUGAAACUGCAAUAAACCGUAUCCUCAAUAAACAAAUUUGUGCCGAUACUUUAAAAAGUAGCCAAUUUUAAAGAUGAUUCAGGUUCCACAAUACAUGAACAGCCUAUGCCUACUAUGCUCCAAUUGCGUUCCAUUUUUUCUAAAUAAUUUUCUGUGUUAUAUCUGAUAACGAUCAAAUAAUUGUAACCUUAUACCUCAUUGAUAGGUAACUCGUAUGUUACCUCUCAAACUUUGCACUUAUUGAUCAAUGUUUAGAUAUACUUUUUUAUAAUAAUAGCGAAUAUACGUGUUUUGUUGAGUGGAGCUCGAGUGAAACUCAACAUUAUUUAUUUAGGUGUAAAGCAGUUGCUUGUGAUAAAUUCUAAGUGUCACCUUUGAGAAUGGGGCACCAAUGGAAAUUCUCCGUGAAAUUUUCGCUAGAAACGAGUCAGAAAUUUGUCAGUAAGGUGUUUUCGUUGGAAGUGUAAAUAAGUUUGUGUUGCUCGAACAAUUUGAGACAAACUGAAAUAUAGCUGAAUUUAUCCUUCCAUCGAUGAAUUUUUGUGGAAACGUUGUGUGUAUAGUGAUUAAGUUCAAAGUUGAAGAAAUUAAAAUAAGAGUAAUAUAUAAGACACUGAACAUUGUUUUUCAGGUUGAUUUUUUUUAUUAGUGAAAAGUAUUAUAAAUAUUGAAAACGAUAAAAUAAAAAAUUCAAACUAG